UUGAGCUCGCUGUCCUUUGGAAAUAUUGAUGUGGAUCUUUCGCACAAAUUAAUUGCAAAAUAAGACAGAAAAGCGACUAUAUUGAGUAGAUGAUAUUUUCAGAUCGGAAAUGAUAUAUUGAUCCUUGUGCCCGACAGAAAAUCAGGUGGCCGCCAAAAUGUCAAACCAGAACCUGAAAGUUGGACAAAGGGUGGAGAUCACCGGCAAGGGCCUCAAGGGCAAUGUGGCCUUCAUCGGUACCACGUCAUUCGCCCCUGGCAAGUGGGUUGGCGUUGUUUUGGACACCCCUGGAGGCAAAAACAACGGAACCCUUCAGAACAAGCAAUAUUUCCAGUGUGAAGAGAAUCAUGGAAUGUUUGUCCGGCAUUCUCAACUUACCAUCCUCGACGAUUCUGGACAACCUAUGGAAAGUUCUGGUGGUUCUCCAUCGUCCUCCACCACGCCCACUGGCAGGACCAGCAGGAAAAGACCCGAGCCCACAAGUGUAUCACGGAAAUCGUCUUUGACAACAUCUACUCAGGCUCGGAAAACUGAUCAGAUGAGACUUCCUGUGCCUGGAAUUAAAGUGGAGCCAAAAGAUGAGGGACUCUCAGUCACUCCGCUAAAAGAAACACCCCCGGAAACUACCAAGAGAGCUUCAUUCGUAGAGACUGGAUUUGUUGAGAAUCUGAAGCCCCAAUUUACUCCAGGCCAAGUCCUGUCACCAAGUAUUUCAUCUCUGAGUUUCCAAGUUGAAGAAAAGACAUCCUCGGCUGAGGCUGCUCAAUUGAAAAGUGAAAAUAAGGAUUUGAAUGAAAAACUUGAGACUUUGAAAGUCAAACGAGCGCAAGACAAGGAAAAACUGAAAGAGUUCGACAAAGUGCGCCUUCAGCUGGAGCAAAUGGUUGAGUUUAAAUCAAGGAUCAUGGAUUCUCAGGCCCAACUGCAGAAAGACCUGCAGAGGGCUCGGCAAGAGACCAGAGAGGCUAUUGAAGCUAAAGAAAGACAUGCCGAUGAAAUGUCUGAUUUGGCAGAGACUGUUGAAAUGGCAACGUUGGAUAAGGAAAUGGCUGAAGAAAAGGCAGAAUAUUUGCAACAAGAGUUGGAUCAGGCAAAGGAGAAGCUCGAGAUGGCCUUGAUGGAUCUUGAACUGCUCCGAGCAGAGAUGAACACUGAAAAUAACGAUCAGACAGAGAAGUCGAGCACCACAACUCUGGAAAUGAAACAGCUGAUGCAGCAAAAUGCUAAGCUGAAAGAGACGCUUGUUCGUCUUCGAGAUUUGUCUGCCCACGAAAAACACGAAUCAAGCAAAAUGCAAAAAGAACUUGAGAUGAGACGUUCUGAAAUCCAAGAGCUCAGCAGAACCAAAGAGAAACUGAGCACCAGGGUUGAAGAACUGGAACAACAAAUUGCUGAACUUCAAGAGCAAGUUGAUGCUGCUUUGGGCGCUGAAGAAAUGGUGGAGGCUUUGACUUCUAAAAAUUUAAACCUUGAAGAAAAGGUCAAUGAACUGGAGGAGACGGUCUCUGACUUGGAGGCUCUGGCUGACAUGAAUGAGCAGCUGCAAGAGGGCACCAAAGAGAUGGAAAUGGAGUUGAGAGAAGAACUGGACAUGGCUAUGAUGGCAAAGAGGGAAGCUCAGCAUGAAGUUGAGGCCCUGCAUGAGACCUUGGCUGAUCGUGACAUGACGAUCAACAAAUUCAGAGAACUCGUCCAGAGACUCCAAGAGCAAAUCCACCAGCUACAAACUUCUGUUGAAAGGGAGGCCUCCAAACCGAUGGCGUCUGUAACAGAAAUGAUGGACUUCAAGAAAAUGAUUGCUGAUUCCAAGGCUCAUACAAAGGCAAUCGAUCUAGAGCUAAGACGAAUUGACGUUCAGCAGGCCAAUCAGCAUGUGCACUUCCUUACAUCUUUCAUGCCAGAAAGUUUCCUGGCUAGAGGAAGUGACAACGAUGCUAUUCUACUUUUGCUCCUGGUGCCUCGUCUCUUGUGUAAAACGGAGAUUCUAAUUAAGAAGAGCAGAGACAUUUUCCCAACAUUGACAGCUGUGAUUGAUUCGAAUUUGGUUCUUCAGGGCCAUCAGGUGGCUCAGUACUCAUUCAGAUCAAGACUGUCGUUCUGGCUCUCUUACAUGCAGACUGUCCUCCAGCAGCUAAAUAGCAGCGUUCUUACUUGCACGCCAGAUGUGCUCCUUCGAAUUGGCCUUCUUUACCUCGACCUUGCUGCUCAAGAGAAAACCAUCGACAGCUUGCUGGAGUUACUCCGAAAAGACCAAUUGGAUGAAAACAUCCCACUUGAAGGGCUGGAGAAAUGCGUUAAUUCUCUGCAGGGAAUGUUGACCACCUAUCUUCCGGACUUCGUCCCUGAACCAUCCCUCCUACUCAAAGAGUGCUGCCGAGCUCUCCAGGCUGCCACCGAUGGACUCUUUGCCGACUCCUCUGCUAUAUUUGCUAUUUUAGGAGCAAAGGAUAGCAAAAUGGGUCAGUUGUUGAAGGAUAUCAGCACAGUGAGUGACCUUUUGCGCCAGCAGCUGAAGCAAACGAGAAGACGACUUCCAAACGAGGGCUACGUCGUCAGUCCGAAGGUUGCAGCUCAUGCUGAUCCUGUUCAACAGUGUCUGAAGCUGACUUCAAAAAUAUUGCUUGCUCUUCAUGAAACAGCUAAAAACACAAUCUCUCUCUGUUCAGCUUCAGAGGGUGCUGAAUUGAAUUCUGACAAAGCACUUGAGGUCUUCACAUCAGCUGUUGAUCGAAUCUUUGAUGCCGAAGACAAAGGGGCAGUUGAAUGCAUCAAAGCAGCUAUUGAGACUUUGAAGUAUAGAGUGAACAGCCUGUCUGUAGCUGCUCAGGAGACGGAAUUUGAUCUAGAACCGAAAAAAGAGACAAAGACUACUCCUCCCAUUGUGCUUCGAGCUCAAGUUGUCAAGAAAGAGCUGGAAGAGACAAAGAUUUUGAAACAGAAACUGGAAACCAGAGAGACUGACAUCAAGGAAAUGAAGAAGGCAAUGAAGCUGAAGCAAGAAGAAUUGAGCGAAAUGGUUAUAAGAAAAGACUUGGCUGAGAGCAAAUUGGGCAAUGUCCACAAAGAUUAUGCCUUGAAUCUGGAAAAGCUGCAGCGUAAAUAUGACGACAGUCAAAUGCUUCUUAAACGGAAAGAAAAGGAGUUUGAAGAAACCAUGGACCACCUGCAGGCUGAUAUAGAUUCUUUGGAGUCGGAACGUGGAGAGCUCAAGGAGAAGAUGAAGAGCAUAUCAAAGAAGGCAUUGAUCGAAGGCAUGGCAAGAAGCAAUGCUGCUGGAGCCUCACUGGCCACCACUCCAAGCUCAACUGGACCAAGUUUGCCCAUUUCUGUGACCGACUCUCCCCUCUUGGUGCAAGAAAUCAAGAGCUUGAGGGAAGCAUUGAAGGAGUCGCAGCGUCAGGCUCAGGCAUUACGAGCACACCAAGCACGAAACAUCCUCUCAGAACUUCCUGUUAUAAAUGUGAUCAAGAAGCCUACUGAAAUUGAGCCAAGCAACCUCACAGAAUUGUCAAAGAAAGCGUCAAAAUUGCACAAAGAGCUGAGCGACUUCUACCUGAGUGCCAGGGUGGUUGAUCUGAGCAACAGAAGAGCAGGCGAGAAGCCUUUGCUUGAAAAGACAUCUCCAGCUUAUCAAUUGGUUGAACGUAAAAACAAAGAGAAUCAGCUCAUUCAAGAUUUUGAUACCUUAACCAGUGCUGUACAAGAAGAGAUGUUGAAGAGAAAAUCGGGGGCCAAAGCUGAGUCGUUUUUCUCAACCUUCCCAUCAGUAGAGAUGGCCAAGGCUAUGAAGGAAAAAGACACUGUCUUGGUGGGUCGCGUUAAUGUUGGAGGCACAGAGAACGCCACAAAGAUUCCUCUUGUUGUGGAUCUGGAAGCCUUGAAGAUGAUCCACAAUUCAGUGGCUCCAUAUGCUGUGGGUCGAGCAUGAAUUCCGCACUUUCCACUACGCUCUGCUAAAAUGUUUCCUUUAAGUUAUUUCUUAUUUAUUGAGGAUUGGGGAACUUAAGUUAUGCAAACCCUAGCUAUUACUGAAAUCUUAUAUUAGAGAACCCCACGUUUGAUUACUUAAAACACUUUUUUGGUCAUGUAUUAUGCUAAUUAUUAUGGAAAGUCAUUAAAAACGCUUAUAUACAA